AUGGCUCUCAUACAACAGAUUUCGAAAUUAAUUGUGUUCAUUCUAAUUUGUUCCUUUAUUGAAAGUAUUAAUGCUGAAGUUAGAGUUAUUAAAGUCGGUGGUGGAGGUCAGCAAAAUUUAAAAUUUGACCCGCAAAAUACUACAGCACAUAAUGGUGAUAUCAUUCAAUGGAAAUUUAUUGGAGGAAAUCAUAACGUUGUUCAAAUGACUGCUAAGGCUACAUGUGAAAUGCUUACUACGCCUGAUGCUUUUCAAUCCUUAUAUACGAAUCCACCAAACAAAAUAUUUGAAAUCAAUAUUAAUGAACAAAAUAAUACGUAUUAUUAUAUGUGUACCGUGGGUAAUCAUUGUAAAGCUGCUGGCAUGUGGGGUGUCAUUAAUAUCGUUCCUAAACCUAAUGAACCUUACGUUCCUCCUUCAGAAGAUAAAAAAAUUAACCCUACCAACAAACCGGUUGGAAUUGUACUUUGUGGCGUGUUUGGUUUUCUAGUAGUUUCAGUUGCGGGAUUCCUUUUAUUUAAACGAUAUAAAUCGAAGCAAUCGUUAACGAGAACAGGUCCUGAAGUCAUUAAGAUUAUUGGUAAAGAAGGAAAGAUUCCUGCUCAAGAUCUUAAGAAACCUGAUCGGGCCAAAAUUGAUAAUGUUGCCAAAGUUGUAUAA